GUGCGACCCAUCCCUCUAUAAAUACCAAUUAAAAAUCAGCCAUAACCAUAAAUCUCCACUCCUUUAAACAAGAAACACAGCUAUUCGAAAAUAACAGCAAAAGAAGAAGAAAAAAAAAUGGGGUCAAUAGCUGAGAAGCCCCAUGUCGUGAUGGUCCCAUAUCCAGCCCAAGGCCACGUCACCCCUAUGAUGAGGCUGGCGAAGCUCCUCCACUCCCGCGGCUUCCACGUCACCUUCGUCAACACCGAGUUCAACCACCGCCGCCUCAUCCGCUCCAAGGGCCCCGACUCCGUCCGCGGCCUCCCGGACUUCCGCUUCGAGACUAUCCCGGACGGCAUGCCCGUCCAGUCUGACGAGGGAGCGACGCAGGACAUCCCGUUCCUGUGUUACUACACCAGGAUGACCUGCCUCGCUCCCUUUAAAAAGCUCCUCGCCCGCUUGGACUCAGAAGGCGGGGACACACCUCCUGUCUCGUGCGUCAUCUCGGACGGAGUCAUGAGCUUCGGCAUCCGAGCGGCGCAGGAGAUGGGAUUCCCCGAUGUCCAGUUUUGGACGGCAUCGGCUUGCUCCUUCAUUGGCUACUUGCACUAUCGUGAGCUCAUCAAGAGAGGCAUCUUUCCCUUGAAUGAGGAUUUUUUGAGCGAUGGGACGCUCGACACGCCGGUGGACUGGGUCCCGGGCAUGCCGAACAUCCGAUUGAAGGAUCUGCCAAGCUUCUUUCAGACAUCGGAUCCGAACGACAUCAUGUUCGAUUUCUUGGGAGAGGAAGCGCAGUCUUGUCUGAAAGCCUCUGCCAUAAUCUUCAACACAUUCCAAGAAUUGGAAAAGGAGGCAUUAGAGGCUGUGGUCUCGAAAUUUAACUACACAAACUUCUACACAAUCGGCCCACUUCCUCUGUUAGGCAAACAUGUGAAGGAUGGUGAAGCUAAGUCUCUCAAUUCGAGUUUGUGGAAGCCGGAUUCAAAAGUUUUCGAUUGGCUUGACCGCCAGAAGCCCGAGUCCGUCAUCUACGUGAACUACGGGAGCAUCACUACGAUGACGGGCCAGAACUUCUGGGAUUUUGCCUUGGGCCUCGCGGAUAGCAAGCAACCGUUUUUGUGGGUCGUGAGGCCCGACGUGGUCAAGGGGGAAAACGGAGAGUCGUCAGGGGAGCUGCCUCGAGAGUUUCUCGAGGCAGUUGAAGAUAGGGGGGUGAUGGUGACAUGGUGUGCCCAGGAUGAGGUGCUGACCCACGGUGCUGUGGGGGCGUUCCUGACGCACUGUGGAUGGAACUCGAAUUUGGAAAGCAUCUCGUGCGGUGUGCCAGUCAUCUGCUGGCCCUUUUUCGCGGACCAGCAGACGAACUGCCACUACUCGUGCGAGAAGUGGGGGAUCGGGAUGGAGAUCGAUCAUCGAGUGAGGAGGGACGAUAUCGCGAAUGUGGUUAGGGAGAUGAUGGUUGGGGAGAAGGGUAAGAAGAUGAGAUUGAAGGCUCAAGAGUGGAAAAAAAUAGCACAAGAUGUUACUCAAGUUGGAGGGGAAUCUUAUGUUAAUUUUGAGGAGGUCAUAAAAAAGGGUCUUCGCUACCAUGGAUGAUUUCACAUUACUCUAAAGUGUGCUUUUUCAAUAUGCAGGCAAUUUAGAUUAUUUGUGGCUUUGGUUAAUGCUAUUUGGGAUUGUAACGUUAAUAAAUUCUGGCCAUCCUUCCUUAUGUAAGAAAAAUAUAUUGCGUUAUUCAUUUAA